GCUGCGCAAAAUCCAACGCACGAACACUUGAGUUCCGUCGAGCACGCGGCAUAGCGGCUACCGCUACAUAUCUCCUUUUCCUCUCAGUAAGCUGCUAAUUUUGUUUCAGUGCUAAUUUUAUCCUAGGAACGCUGCCGCACACGGCAGCGUGCUCCUUUCCGUCGACGGAAGCAUCUUCAUUUCGUCAUUUCAUUGCCCGAACGUUCAACGUUGUCAACACCGAGCCCGUUUUAGUGGAAUCGGUUUUUGAUAGGUGUCGCCUAUGUGUAUACUAUCGUGCAAUGCUCUGUUCUGCAAAGACGCUUGCUUGUCAGUGCAAAAAUACUACGAUGGACCCCCCUCUUUCGUCCAACCUGACCGCUCACUCAAUAUUGAAAUCGUACUGCUCCGGACAAUGACUAAAUUUAGCAAAUGAAUGCAAAUCAUCGAGCUACGUUAACUCGUGCUUCAGCUUGCCGGUUUGCCGCCAGCGAAAGCUCCUAUAAUCUCCAUACACUCCAGCACUGGUGAUAAGCGACGCAAUCAGUCAUCGUUGGACUCGCAGUGCUGAAGUCAGCGAGAGUACACCAUUGCGCUCGAGAAAUGACGACCGAGGGCUCGUCAUGUUACGCUCGCCUGCGAGGUCUCUUUUGGUGAUACCGAACCAAGCCCACUCAUCCUCUCAUCCACCAAUUCAUCCUCGUACCGUCUCAUCUUUUACUAUCCAACAUGAAGUUCAUCUCCCCCGCUGCUCUCGCUCUCGCCAUUGCCGUCUCCGGCUCUGUCGUUGAAGGCGCUGCUAUCCAUCCCGGCGCCGGUGUACAAGCGUUCCGCAGGAGUCCU